AUGCAACUCCAAUUCCGCACGGCAACAACAGAAGAUGCACCCCAACUCCAAACCCUAAUCGAAUCCGCCUUCCGCGCCCAAGACACCCGCCCAGGCUGGAUAGACAAUCUAGGGCUAUCAGCAACAUUCAGCAUCUCAACCGAAGAGAUAAAAACCAUCCUUACCAUACCCGACAGCGAAAUGCUACUCGCAUUCACAACCGACAAUAACAAGACCAACCAUGAAAACCUAGUCGGAACAAUCAGCGUCUCGAAACGCGCGGGAGACAUAGGCCGCCUCGCCCUGCUCGCCGUCACCCCAGCACAUGCCAGCGGUGGUAGCGGCCGUCAGAUCCUGGAUUAUGGGGAGGAUUACUGUAUUCGCGUUUGGGGUGUUGAGAGGCUUAGUUUGAAUGCGCUUUCGGAUCGUGUGCAGCUUAGGGCUUGGUAUGCUCGACGCGGGUAUGUGGAGACGGGCGAGACGGAACCUUUUCCUCGGGAGAAGUUUGCGAAGUUGGAAUUGCCCGAUGGGCUUUGUUUUGUUGAGUUUGAGAAGGGGGUUUCGAAGGGUGUUUGA